CAUUUAUCUUCUGCCAGCACCAUCUUCCUUAUUUAAACACCUCGGAGUAAAUUUAUAAAACACUGUUCAGAGUAUAUAACAACAUGGAAUCCGACACUUUUGUCAAUUCUUCACCCAUCGCCAAGUGCCCACAGCCUGCUUCUAAUACAGACCUCUUUGGCAAAAACAUAGGCUUCAGGAAUGAGGUCCGGGAUAUACUCAAUCCAUAUCAAAGAGCCCAGAGCCAUCUGGUAUUUGCACUUCCGAUGAAGUGGUAUGACAUUUUAAACCGUAUAAUAUCUUCGCAGAUUCCAGAUCACGAGAAGCGGAGGUACCAGAACUUGAAACGGGAUAUUGAGCACUACGUUUUCCCCCGAUUGUCCCCCAGCAAGACUAUAAUAAACGUCAAGACGUCUGGUAUAUCUGACCCCUUGGUUGGUGUGUCCAUGUGGCUCAUGUUUUAUGAUUUACCUAAACACUUAAAACUCUGUGGCUCAAAUAAGCUCAACUAUAUUCAGACAUCCGUAUUGGCCUACCUAAAGAGGGUCGGAGCUACAAGGUUCCCAUUUACUAUGAUUCUAUCGCACUCCCAGAUUUCAAUGCCCAAGAUGAAAUUGAUCCACCGAAAGCUUGCUUCAAAAGUGGCAGAGAGAACUGUCGGGGACCAAAGACCCUUAUUCACCCUCCAUUUACAAGAUCAACAAUCACCUUUCGUCCUUUUCUGGCUGGAUACGGAGAAUGUCUGCUCAUUCAACCUUACAGCAUUGGAGAGUCCGGAGGCCCUUGCAGAUUUUGCUAACACUUUCAUACUGUUUGUCAACUUCUCCUUGUCCAACGCUCUCUGCUAUCCUCACUCCAGCAGCUGAAGAAAGUAAGUGGUGGAUUUUUCUAGAUCAACUUGGAAAAGCCAUGCUCGCGUCCUCUUUGCUAAGCUAUAAAUGUUUCUCCAGUACCUCUUCUCCGUGAUUACGCAUUCGCCUAUUUGUCUCAGACGCCAUAAAUAAGUCUCUGUAUACCGUACUUUCUACAAGUUCUUUUUAUCCAAAAAUGGCAACUGUACAUAAUCCUAAUAACUGGUAAGUACUCUUUUCAUCCCUUAUCUUUUUUCCAUAAAUCGUUCUUUCUUUCCCAGUUCACAAUUACUAACCAGGAUCUUGAUGUACAAUCGAAAUGUAAUAUCGAAGGCACUGGGUUGAAAAAAACUGCGUGCCAUGGGCCAAAGAGUAUUUCGAUGAAAACCUCUACAAGGUGUCUGUCCCAUCCGGCGAGUACAAAAUCUCUGUUAAAUCCAUCAAUUCAGUCUC